GGCACAGGUGGGUGCACUGCUGGGCACAGGUGGGGGCACUGCUGGGCACAGGUGGGGGCACUGCUGGGAUCGGGUGGGCGGGGCUAGUGGGCGCACUGCUGGGCGGAACUUGCGGGUCACUGGUGGGCAUUGAUGAGGAAGCACUGAUAGACAGUACUGAUGGGCACUAAUAGCACUGACGGGCGGCACUGCUGGGCAGCAUUGCUGGCGGCACUGAUAAUCAGAGCCCUGAUUAUUAGUGCAGAUCUCCCCUGUCACAUUUGCCAGUUAUCAACAGUACGUUCCUCACGAUGUGACAGCGUGAGGAAAGUGCAGCUGAUCACCGGCAACUGU